GAUCAGUUGAGCGCUCAGCAAGCAGCGCGUCGUGUGUGCGGCACUACUGCUCGUUUCGCCGCAGAGCGGCAGUAAGUACCUAUCCCGCUUCGCGCGUUGCGAUUUCUCUUGUCUUUUCGCCUUGUAUACAGAGCUGCAUCAGUCGCGUAUACGCUCUUCGCGCAGGUGUAUAUAUACAUAUAAUACUUACACGGAGCCAAGAGUCGAGUGGUGUAUAGUGCGCGGCUAGCCGCUUUCUCGCUCGUUAUCGGCGCACGUAUGUACUCGGCCCUGCAUUGAGAGGAGGCUGGAUGUGCUGAGGAAGAGGAAAAGGAGGUGCAAGACAAUCUAUAUGCCAUUGAGCCAAGUGUUGUGAAGAGAAGCAAGCGAAGAUGAUCGCGCUAGCCUGGUCGGUCUUCAUGGUGCUGUCGAUGGUGAUGGCGUCCAGCCAAGCGUUCCUCACCGCCCCGUUGCCAGGUUACGCACAAGGUCUCAGCGGCGGCGGUGGCGGCAGCAGUACCGGCAGUCCAAGCCUGGAAGCUUCGACCGAGUCCGGCCGGUUACUUCGGAGCCACGUAGCCGAGGCGAUCCUUCCUCGGGAGGAGGAUCAGCCCGACGACGACGUGGACGACGACGAGGAGGAGGAUUCCUCCGCCUCGCGCGAAGAUUACGGCCUGCAGCAGCAGCAUCAGCGCGGUACGAAGCGCCGUAACGACGAGCAGACGGUCUACGUAAUUGAAUUCGAGACCGAGGCCGACGGGAGCAAGGGUGAGAGCCACCGAAAUCGCAAGGACAUGUCCGACGACGGCAGCGAGGCCCAAUCGCCGCUGGACCCCUGGUCGAUCGUCUGGUACAUCGGCUCGUUCGGCGGCCUCGUGGCCUUCUUCCUCAUAGUCAGCUGCUCGGAAUGGUGCUGCCGUCGCGGUGCCAGGCCCCUCUCCGUGCCCUACACCCAGCGAGGCGAGGUGAUCAAUCCGAACGGCCAGCCGGUCAGCGAGUCGCCGCCGCCCCCGUACCACCUGUUCGCCCCGCCGCCGUACGACUCGGUCAACUACGCCGAGAUCGCCGACAAGUCCGGCAACGGCGAGAAGCUCGACAUCUACGUCAUCACCAUGCCGAUCCAGCAAGCCCCGGUCAUGCCUCCGGCUCAGCUGCAGGAACAGCCGCCGCCCGCGUAGAAGCACGUUCUGCUGGUCGCCAAGUCGCGGCUGCUCGGCACCAGACUGCUGCUGCUGCUGCUCUCGCCGUCCGAGGCCGAGCCGCGGCCCGGCAGGAGGCGACGCGUGCCGCCGCGCGACCACGGACGACCAGCGGCCAUACGGGAUGUCAGCUGCGAGGAGGAGCAGCGCGAGCGCGUCUGAUCCCUCGCGCGCCGAGUGACAUUAGCGCAGCGACGAUGAGGCCUCCUUCGACUUUUACUCCUAUGCGUUGUUGGCCCGAGAGCGUUCCACUCUAAAACAUUCACUCCUAAGUGAUUUUUCUACAUGACGCGCGAGGAGAGGAUUGCCGACACAACGUUGCGGUGGUUUACGAGAAAACCGGAAUCCCGACGAACGCUUCCUGAUGUCUUACUUUGCGCGCGCGCGCACGCGCGUCAUUUCGAAACUUCAACUCGAUGUAUUUAUGUGAAUCGUGCCUCGCGCGACCUAACGAGUUCUUAACGAUUCCUAGCCGCGAUCCCCGGUUGACAAGUGGCACAAAAACUCGAGAAUAUUUUCCACGCCCUUCUCUUUCUCUCGAAUUACUACUCGGAGCAAUUCUCUCGCCCUCGGUCUCCAUCGGUGUAACGUGACUAAUGGCACAUCCAAGGAAACAAUUCGCAGCUGAUCGAACGCGGAAAGAGGCUGCGCGAAUUGCGUCAGUUCGCGCGAGUACCUGAACACGCGUUCCUUCCAAUACCUGCUCCGACGUGACUAAUGCCAAAUGACGCUCGGCCGGGCUAAUGCGCGCGCGUUUCCUCGUUUUUAACUGCGCGACGGGGCUUAAGGAAGUGAAAGGUGCGAAACGAUAUUGCAACGACAACACUACUGCCCGAGAGUUUUCUUUUUUUUUUUUUUUUUUUUUGAAACAAUUUCAAGCUGCCGAUCAUACCUGCGAAUCGCCGUGCCAAGGCGAGCUUUCUCCCGAUGCGUGUACAGGCGAUAAAAGCUCGCAGCUCAGCCGCAUGUAAAGCGAAGAAAAGCCAGUGUAUGUACCAGCGCGCAGGCGGCCAUAAAGCCGACGUCGUAAUACGCAACCUCACGAGCUGCAGGCCCGUAAAUCAGCGAUAUGGUCACUUGGUCACGGACCGACUCGCCUUGUUCCAGAAGACGGUCUCUCUCUCUCUCUCUCUCUCUCUCUAUCUCUCUCUCUCCCUCUCGAAUCCUAAAGGACGAGAAGGAAACCAUUAGCCAUCGGCGGAUGAUUCUUUGUCGGGUGAAUCAACCUCUGCUCUCUCGCGACAAAAGCGCGGAAAAUUGACGAGAAACGAGAUCGCCCCGUAUAAGCGGAGAAAGACGUACACGGCUCUCUCGCAUGUAACGAUCGACGCGUGACGUUGGCGACGCUGCAUUUGACCUCAAUCAUUGCGAGAGACGCAAGGUCGACUCGAGAUAUAAUUUGCCUAUAGACGUACAGAGCGACUCGCUCGACUGCCGAUCGCUCGUUAAGAUUCUCCCGAAAAAUCGUACAGCGGCUAGGGAAAUUAAAAGGAAAAAAAAAAAAAAAAAAGAAAAAACUGCAGCGGCGUCGCCUUUCUCGCGCGCAAUAAACGUAAAAACUAUCUCGAUAAUGCAGUCGCUCGAGAGACACGCUCCGCUCGUAAAAGUCAUUCCGCGCCAAACUGGCCGACUGCCGAAUAUUUCUCUCCCGCUUCGUGGCACGUCUCUCCGAAUAUACCGCGCGGCUACUCGAGAAAAAUUAUAUCGCGCGUAAAGCCGUAAAAAAGCUCUCGUCGAUAAUUAUUGCGCUAGACUUUGUCGCCCGAGUGUGUACAUACCUGCAAGUUUGAUCGUUACGAGAGAGAGAGAGAAAGAGAGAUUUUAACGGCGAAACGUUUCGCGGCCGUAAAACUGUGUGCGCCAGCCGCGAAGCGAGGAAUUUCGAGGAUAUUAGGUUUUUAACGAUUUCAGGUUCGUACACGCGCGAGCCAAUGACCCGCGGAGCGAAUCGGCUGCGAUGGAAAAUCUCGCGUUUCCUUUUUCUCGCACCUGUCGCGCGGCGCUUAUCGAAGUUGCGCUGGAGUAAUUAUAUACCGUUUAGUAUUAAACAGCUGCGAAGAUUGUUAUUUAAUUUCUCGGUGAUUUUCUGCUGCGUUUUCGACCGUUUCUCAAACGAACCGCCCAAACACCAGUAUUAUUAUCCGAUCGUAGGCGGUUCGUUAAACUUUCGCAAAAGCAGCAAAAAAUCCCGGCUAUCGUUUUCCUCCGAGCCUUAGCUCUCCGCUCUCUCUUUCUCUUUCUUUUUUUUUUUUUUUAUCAAGGAAAAAAGCCGGAGCAGAGUUAUAGCAGCCGAAACUUCGAUAAGCGCCGCCUGCACCGCGCACCGCCGGUAUCGCUACACGCGGCUUUUCUCUCGUCGCUUGUACGUAUAUUGCAAAAAGAGGAGGAACAUAUUCGGCGACGGGCUAAAUCGACUCCCGAUCGAUCUGCUCUUCACUCUGCGUUUACGUGUGUGUGUGUGUGUGUCUGUGCGUGCCGAUGAGUUAAGGAGGAGGAAGAGCGUCUCACGUGAUCUCAACUAGUCGUUCAAGUGUACAUAUGUAAAUUAAGAAUGUAUAGGUAUAUGUAUAUGUAAAAUACGCGCGCCUUGCCGUGAAAUUUUCUGUUAAGCCGCGAACGAUGAUUACGCUAUAUCGCAUAUAUGUAUAUCGAUGUGAAACUCUGCUGUGCGGGAGAGACUGCGAGUCUAUAUGUGUCUGUCAAUUAUAAGUACACACGUGUGCGUGCGCGCGCGCGCGUGUACGUCGUUGUGUAAUGCGCUCGAUGGGACACGAGCGAGAGAGGAUGUGGAUGGAUAUCGAAGUAUGACUGUGACGAAGCGCCGCCGCGUGCUAUAUGCGUAUAUAGUGACGCUAUCUCGAGCCGUCGCUAAAUUAUUUUUUAUACUUUUAUACACACGCGAACGUAUAUAUAUAUAUAGCGGCGGAUCGCCAUUUUAAACGUAAGGUAACGUAAAAGAUGCGUGCGCGCAUCGGCGACGAUCGACACGACUCUUUCUAUAUAGCUUCUAUAAGGAUCAUUAUUACUAUUAUUGUGUAACGAAUUAUUAUCAUUAAUCGUAUAUCGAAGGAAAAGCGUACAUGUGACGAUUGUUUGUCGAUUCUGACGAUGAGGAUGAGCGAGAAUAAAGUUUCGUUUGGUUAGACACGUUA